AUGAAGAUUGUGAACUUUCGCAGAACUGAAGCGUUAGACGCAAUUUUUAUUCAAGAACUAAUAGACACAGAUGACACGUUUUUGACCAGAAAAGUUAACCUUAUAAACUUACUGUAAGUGUUCGGUUUGCCUUUUAAAGCAGACAGGGAACACUCCUUGAUUUCUAUCACUGCCACGAACAUCGACAAUAAAGUCGUUGGGUGCUUAGUCCUUAGUGACACUCCGCCCUCAGAAAUUCUCAACAAAGAACGUGGAAACGAGUGGUUUAGGUUGCGGUUCAGAUUUAGCAACUUAAAUACAUGCAAUACGUUGUUCAUAAAUCUAUUUGUUCUUCAUCGAUUAUAUCGGAAAUUUGGAUACGAAAAAUUUAUAAAAGUAGCCUUCUCUACGUCUAUAGAUAUACACCAUCUUCUGUUCUUGGUACCCUCGAGUGUUGAGUUGGGUAAAUUUGUUGUUUACCGUCGUAUUUUUUGCCUAUAGAUGAACUAGACGAGAACGACCCUGUCCGUGAUGUGCGUUUGAUAUUCAGCAAGUUCAGGGAUAAGACAAUAGGCCCCAUUCAAUUUACGGAGCCAAACCCAAACUCCGCUGAAGACCCUGCACUGUUCCAUUGGGAAGUUGUACAUUUUAAGAGGGAUGCAUUCUUUCCUGUUCUGUACGCUAGACCAGCCCGGUAAGUAUUGAUCUACUUCUUCAUAUUUAUCAGCGUCAAUGAUAACGAUGAUGUACAGCCGAUAUUUGAGAGCAAAACUAAAGUUCUAUCCGACACAUAUGGCGAAUUUUAUUCCGCAGAGCUGGUCGAGGCCCAAAAUGACCACCUGAAAACGAUAGUCGUUGAGGUAGUUUUUAAUGCAUACUCAAGCUUGUUUUCUAGGUCGAUGGGCAAGCCGUUGGCUACAUGAGUGCCACCACCGAAUUUGACAUUGAUUUUGUUAACAAACAGUAUGAUUUGACUCCUUUCAACUGCCUUCGUAAAAACAAAGUCGUGAAUAGCGAGAUUCCCAACGAAGGCAACGACCAAAAGAAGGAUGAGUCAAAGCCCGAUGAAACGUUGAACACUGAUAUAAAAGCUUUGCCAGCAGAUGACAUGCGAACCGAAAUAAUUGAGGAUAAUAAAACGACAGAGAAGGAUGUACCGGAAGAGACCGAAGGAGUUGCUUCUGAGAGAGGUUUGAAUUGGGACAAGUUAAUUCUGGAAGAUAGAGACGAAGGUGAGAUUCUUUUAAGUUAUAAAGAGCAGGUUUUAAACUAAUCGAAAAUCUAAGGUUUCUAAAUUCAAAUUACUUAUAAACAUUUUUACCUUUAUAUAAGACGCAAAACGUCUGGCGAGCACGAAAGCGCAUUUUUCCAAUAAUUGUCUAAUUUUACUGAGCAUCAACUGAACAUGUCCUACAUUGCAAACCUGAGAUUGUAAGGACAAGACAGAUUGAUCUUAGCUUCGGCACUCCGUAGAAAAUUGUAAAUAUUUUGGUUUAGGUUAUUAUAUCGCCACUGAGAUAGCCAACUUUAUUGUCUUUUUCGCUAUUGGCCUAUUGUAAAAAAGCCGCAGUUAUUUACUUUACCACUGUUUCUUCGUAAGAAGUGGUAAAAUGUGUAGUGUCAACAAUAAGCAAAACCACAGAAAAAUAAUAGAUACAGGGAGACUUAGCUCUAAACGGAUAUAUUUCGUUUGAACUAUGAAUAAUAACAAAAAGCGAAUAAAAGGACGCCGAUGGUGAACUGUUGCCUACAAUCACAAAAAAGAAACGUCGUUUCCAGUACGAGGUUAUAAUGAAAAAAGAGCGUCCUUAUGGUUAAUUCCAAAAAGUUUUAAACUGACUCUUGCUGACAGUGCUAGUUUCUCGGAUAAAUGAAAGUCCGACAAGGUGUGACUGACAGGUGAUUCCCGGGGGCUAAAGCGUUUUACUAAAAAGGAUUUAUGCACAUAAACUUGAUCUGUGAACAACCGAUGUCUAAAGGCAGCGAAGUAGGAAUACCAGUCGCUGCAAGUCGAAGCCGGUUGUUGCAUGUAUUCCACAUAUUCAACCAAGGGUGCGGGAAAGUCCGGGUGCAUCAGAAAACAGUCAGAAAUGUACAUAGACCUGCACAGUCUAAACUAAGGGAUUUCUCCGCUCCUCUGCUUGAUGCACCAUCGCAUUUGAGAUAGUAAUUUUGAUAAAAAGUCGCGUAUCUGUCACAGUUCAAAGACCCGGCAGUCACAAAAAACAACAUCUUUUUUAAACUAAUUUCGCGCUCUAAUCAGCAAACAUUUUACAAAUAAGGUUUUAAAUCAGAGUUCCACUAAUGCAGUUGCUUUCGUGAGUUCGUAAUAUUCCAUGAGUGCUGACUGGAAUGCGUUAUGUUGCCGCCUCUUGGGCUACAUAUUCGAUCCUUAGAGGAUGAUUUUUUCAAAGAGCUUUAGACAAACCCACAGUAUACGUUGCUCAUCUCACUGUCUUGUGGAGUCGUCGGCUGUUAAUCAUAGCAUCUAGUUAAAGUUUUGUUUUCAUUUUCUCCACUCUUGCUCCACUUGCAGACAAAACUUCACCACGGUCACGCUCUCGAACGCCAAUGAAAAAAGCCCUUCUUCACUCGCUUAGUGACGCCUCGGAGGAUAUACGUUCGAAUCUGUUGACUAGCAGUCAAAGCCUGGAACAGCAUAUUCGUGUCAUGCACACUGCCGAUGGCAAUUGGGUUCGGCGUUACAUUUCGCGGGCCCUGCUGGACGACAGCAAUGACGGAGAAGAGGGUUCUAAAAAAUUUGGCGAAAUUCCGAAUGCAUUUAUCAUCCAGCUGUUUGGCAUCAAAGAUGAGGUGGAUACGAGGUUAGUAUUUAACGACCAUGCGUCAUCUUAGAAACUCUGAUGACACUCAUGCCCACAUUGGGUUCAUUUUUUUCUCCCAAAGGUCCAUCGACUUCAUGCCUCUCAUCUUUAACUUGCUGCCGAAUUUGGACUAUGCAAUCAUCAGCGUGCCCCGAUUGGUUCCAGAGUUUCAGCUCCUUCAACAUUUUACGGCAAGUUUCAGUUGA